AUGCCAGGUAUUAAAAAGAAUAGGAAAACUUAUAAUCAACCAGCUUUUAGAAAAACUUUAAUAUCAAAAUUGAAUGAAUUUGGUGCUGUUGGUUUAAAAGAUGAUAAUUCAGAUUUAUUAAUAUAUUUAAUUUAUAUAAAUUAUUUAAAUGACUUAAUUAGACAAAGUUCAACUAAAGAAAAUGGAUUUGGUAAUGAAGGUACAAUAACGGAAGAAAGAUUGGAAAAUGUUGAUUUUAAAUUAUUAAAAAAACAUAGAGGUUAA